UCACUUCCAGUCGACAAGAUUUCUGAAUCCUCUGCAGCAAAGAUCCGAUGUUUCUCAGUAUUCUGGACAAGUUAUCCAAGGACAUAUUCUAAGUCAGGCUUUCCAAUAUGGACAUUGAUAACAUGGUGCAAAACAGCGCUCUUGUUAGAGCAAGAGAAGGUGGAGGACACAAAGGCAGGAGCUGGAGAUGGAAAGAAAUGCUGCGCUUUCCCCACAUCAGCGAGUGUAGGGAGCUAGCAAAGACCAUCGAACGAGACUACUAUGAUUUAUGUGUCUAUCAGCCUAUUGGCAAGAAGCUCUUUCAUCUCUACUGUCUGACUCGGCCAGACCUGCACAACUACAUGUUGCUCCUGGAUGCUUUGGAAACCUUUGAAACAAAGACAGACGAGGAAAGGAAAAGUUUUGGGUUUUACAUCAUCCAAACAUUUAUCAGAAGUCAGUCCAACCAGUGUGUGCCGUCUUUAGCAAAGCAUGAACAAAGUUGCAUCAAUAGUUUGGAGCUUGAUUCCUGUGAAGACGUCUUUCAUAAAUGCAAAGAAUUUCUGCAUGAAUACCUCAGUCAAGAGCCCUUCACACAGUACCAGUUCAGCAUGCACUUUGACCGCUUUCUACAGUGGAAGCAUCUGGAGAGGCGGCCAAUCACCAAACACAAUUUCAGGGAGUACAGGCUACUGGGGAAAGGAGGCUUUGGAGAGGUUUGGGCUUCUCAGGUACGAGCCACAGGAAUGAUGUAUGCCUGCAAAAAGCUAGAAAAGACUCAUGUGAAGAAAUGGCAAGGAGAACACAUGGCACUCAACGAAAAGGAGCUACUGGAGGAGGUGGACAGCCGAUUUGUGGUCAAUCUUGCAUAUGCUUAUGAGACCAAACAUAGUCUCUGCAUGGUUUUAACCAUGAUGAGUGGCGGCGACCUGAGGUUUCACAUUCACAAUAUGGGAAAGCCCGGCUUAGCCAUGGAUAGAGUUUGUUUCUAUGCCGCAGAAGUCUGCUGUGGUUUAAUUCACCUCCACCAGAAGUCGAUAGUUUACAGAGACCUCAAACCUGAAAACAUUCUCCUGGAUGACAACGGACACAUCCGCAUCUCUGACCUGGGCUUGGCAGUGAAGCUGGAGGACGGGGAUCUGGUGCACGGCAGGGUCGGCACAUUAUACUACAUGGCUCCUGAAGUGAUCAGCAAAGAGAAAUACAACAUGAGUCCCGACUGGUGGGGCCUCGGCUGCCUGAUUUAUGAAAUGAUUGCGGGGAAGUCUCCCUUCAGGGACAAAGGCGAGCGCCCCAAAUCCUCGGAAAUGGAGAAAAGGAUCAAAUCAACAACUGUGGAAUACAACGAGAAGUUCAGCAACGACGCCGUAGACAUCUGCAGCGCUUUGCUGAACAGGGAUCCAAAACACAGACUGGGCUGCCAAGGCUCAGGAGGGAAAGAAGUGAAGUCUCACCCCUUCUUCAGACAGAUCAACUUCCGGAUGCUGGAAGCAGGACUGGUGGAGCCUUCUUUCAAACCAGACCCCAGACUGGUGUACUGCGAUGACGUGCAGGACAUCGAGGAGUUCUGCGCACUGAGGGGAGUCGUUCUGAACCAGUCGGACGGCGAGUUCUACGCCAAAUUCAACACGGGAAGCGUUCCGAGGAGCUGGCAAAACGAACUCAUAGAUACGGGAUGCUUUGAAGAACUGAACGUAUUUGGUCCAAUGGGAUCUCGACCUCCAGACCUGGACUGGUCCUUGGGCCCUAGGAGCCCCAAAGCGAAGCAGGGCCUGUUGCGUCGCAUGUUCCGCAGACAUGAAAGACACCACUCAGAUCCAGCAGAUGAUGGUAAACAUUGCCUGCCCAAUGGAGAGAUCAGCUCAACUCUCUAAGACCAACACCGACCCGAGCCACGUCCUUCCAUCUCUAAAGCAGUUUGUGUUUGUACAGCAACGUAGCACUUCUAAAAUUCUCAUCUUUAAAUAAACUUGUUUUUUUUUUAUUCAAA